UUAACACUUUUUUGCUCAAUGUACCCGUCUGUAAGAACAAGCUUAAUAUUUAACAGUCCAUUAUAUGUGUAGCAUGAUAAACUGAGCUCGAAGCAUUCGACAUCCUUAAUCCACUCCCCCAUUCAUAUCUUCCCACCCUCUCCUCUUGCCGUACUAUUAACGGGACAAUGUUUACCAUGGUCGGUUGCUAGCAUCAUUCUGCCUGAUAGAAGUAUCGGGAAUCGCCAAGUUCGGCGGAGCUCCUAAGUGCUAGACGGAACUGAAUUAGGGAUGUCUCAAGAGCAGAGGGCCGUGGAGCGUGCCAGAAAGGCCUUUUGUACUGGCCGAACCAAACCACUGCAGUAUCGCAUUGACCAGCUCAAGAACCUGCAGCGCUUCAUUGUGGAGCGGCAGAAGGAAAUAGCCGAUGCCCUCAAAAAGGACCUCAAUAAGAGUGAGUUUGGCACCCCCCUUUAUGAGACAAUGGGGCUGGAGGGGGAGAUCAGUCUGGCCGUGAGCAAGCUGGCGGAAUGGGCUGCCCCUCGACCAGCCACUAAAAACCUUCUAACCGUUUCCGAUGAGGUGUACAUCCAACCUGAGCCUCUGGGAGUGGUGCUGAUUAUCGGUGCCUGGAACUACCCAUGGGCUGUCACCCUUCAGCCCCUCAUUGGUGCCAUAGCAGCAGGUAAUGCUGCUGUUAUUAAGCCAUCCGAGGUGUGUGUUCACACUUCCAAAGUGAUGGGGGCGCUCCUGCCAUUGUACAUUGACAAGGAGGUUUACCCAGUUGUUACGGGUGGAGUCCAAGAGACCCAGGAACUGCUGCAGCACCGUUUUGAUUACAUCUUCUACACAGGCAACUGCACGGUGGGCAAGGUGAUCAUGGAGGCUGCCGCCAAGCACUUAACACCUGUUACCCUGGAGCUUGGUGGAAAGAGCCCCUGCUAUAUUGAUAAGAACUGUGAUAUUACCAUUGCCUGCCGCCGUAUUGCUUGGGGAAAGUACACAAACUGUGGUCAGACUUGCAUUGCCCCAGACUAUAUCCUCUGUGACCCCAGCAUCCAAGACAGAAUUAUUGAAGAGAUCAAGAAGAGUGUAAAGGAAUUCUACACUGAAGAUCCCAAAACCUGCUCAGACUAUGGACGCAUCAUCAACAAGCGCCACUUCAAGAGAGUGAUGACACUGCUAGAAGACAGCACCAUAGCUAUGGGAGGACAGAAUGAUGAGUCAGAGUGUUACAUUGCCCCAACAGUCUUAAAGGAUGUAAAGCCAGGGGCAAAGGUCAUGCAGGAGGAGAUCUUUGGGCCGGUGCUUCCCAUUCUGUGCAUAGGAAAUGUGGACGAGGCCAUUGACUUUAUCAACCAGAGGGAGAAACCCCUGGCUCUCUAUAUCUUCAGCUCAGACAACAAGCUGAUCAAGCAUAUGAUCACAGAGACCUCUAGUGGAGGGGUACUAGCCAAUGACUGCUUGGUCCAUUUCUCAGUCAGCUCUCUCCCUUUUGGUGGUGUUGGCAACAGUGGGAUGGGCAGCUACCACGGCAAGUUCAGCUUCGACCAGCUGAGUCACCUGCGUGGCUGCCUCAUCAAGCAGCUAAAGAUGGAGGGCAUGAACAAGAUGCGCUACCCGCCACACACGGCCAAGAAGCUCAGCUGGGCUCGCUUCUUCAUCCUGAACCAGGUGGAACUGAGCAAGCUGGGCCGCUGGGCUCUCUUUGCUCUGCUUGCUGUUGUUGUUGCUGUGAUACUGCAGAGGUAUUUUGCUGACUAAGCGAGUCAGUUGUAUGCCGACAAUUUCAUCACCAGUCUUGAAGAAAACCACCAACCAGGAUUUUGGUCACUUCGUGGUCAAUGCCUAUGCCUAUGUGUAGCUCUGCUUCCCUGAUUUAACCAGAAGUUUUAAUGGGCCGUAAAACCAGACAUUUUAAAUAAUUUGAAUCUAAUGAAGGAGUUCCAGUGAAUUCAUGGCAUUCAUAUGAAGUUCAUUCUAAUUAAUAAUGAUUUCCUCAUGUGAUGUUAUUAGCACUUUAUGAUUUAUUUGCUUCCAUCUGUUAGCUUUUUUAUAUAUUUUUUGCUUUCAAAAUGGAAUACUUUAAUGAAGGAAAAUAUAACAUUUCACAGUGAUUCAGGGCUAUUUACAAUUUAUCAACACAUGAUUUGCAAAAUAUACAGUAUGCUUAAGUGAAUAGGUAAGGAUGUACUUUUUAAGAAUAAGAGUGUGAACUUAAGAAUUUUAUUUUUGCCUUUAAAAGUGUUCAACAGACAGUGAUUUUGUGCAUAAUCAAUGAAUUCUGGAUGAUCCGUUGGCUUUAGAAGCUAAAAUAUUUAAGGUUUCCAAAAAAUGUAACACGGUAUAUUGAAUAGUUUCCAAAACCAAGGUUAAAGUACUGAACAGUUUUGUUUUUUCUCUACUCUCUACUCAAUGAUUUAGUUUGUCAACUUUGUGAGUUCAGUUUGGCAUGUUAAAGAAGUGGAAUCACUAAAAUGUUCAGUGCUGUGGCGUUUAGGACUGGGAUUUUGUUUUAGAAUGCUUCAGAAAGCUGAGUAUUCACAUAGCAGGGACCUAUUAAUCAUUUCACUUAAAGUACUGUGAGCACUCUGGGAUUGUCACUAUUCACCAUUCAUUUCAAAUUUUACAUCUCCCAUGUUUCAACUUUACUAUCUCAUUUUCAUGUAAAUGAUUUUGGAAUGAUAAGUGAAUUUUAUGAAGUAGAAUUUUUUUUUUUUUUUUACCUGUAAAAUAAACCCCUUUCUGCAGAGAUUAAA